AUGCCACACGUUUUGCUUCCUACGCGGCCCGUACCGCUGUCUUCAAUGCAUGUGACUGACCAACACUCUCCAAAAGACGAUGAAAUAAAAAACUCCUCCGUGUGGCUUACACCGCCAGUCGUGUCUUUACCUACGACUGCGUCACGGUUUUCGGCAUGCAAACGACGUGCAUCGUCCCUUGGCGACCUUUUUCCGCGUCCACAGAAGACUGCGUCACCGGCAGAAGCUCUGGCAAGCGCUUUUCACAUGGUUUCAAGCAGGACUCAUCAGAAAAUUGCCAAAUUACGGUCCCGUUCGGACCUGUUCAUAAAAAAAUCGACACGUGUGAAUAACGGCGGAUGGAGACUCCAGGUCAAUAAUUCCAUUAAAAGAGCAGCACCUGUGAGUAAUGCUCGAUUUAAGUGGGGAGAGCAGCAUAUGCUUCAACAUGCACAGGCAGCCUUUGAUUUCCACGGAGAAGAUGCAGGAGCAGCGUCCUGCUAUUUUCACAUUGUGGCGGACGGAGUUUCGUCCCCCUUUGGACGCCAAUCACUCGUUGAUUACGACGGAGUGCCAGUGUCUUCUGCUAUAUUAUCGAAGGAACUUGUGAGAUGUGUACGCAUUGUGUUGGAGGAACUGAGUAGCCACAACAGGGAGCAAUUGGACCAAGCAGCUUUUGAAGGUGGAGUGGUGGACGCAAUUAAAACGGCGCGCAUUAAUUGUUUUCAGCAUAGGAAAUCAAGACUGGCAACGACGUUGGCUGUAUCGUACUUUAACCGAUGGACAGGGACUUUGCUGACGUUCUCGCUUGGAGAUUCCAAAUGUUUGGUCGUACGGCGAGGAACUGUUGUUUAUGAGACGCUAGCGGUCCUGCGUGAGUUUAACAUGCCUACAGUUGUCAAUUUGCGGGAGCAGUUGGUACCGAAAGCCUACGUUGUGCAGAGCUUUGCGCUUCAAGAAGGCGAUACGUGUCUUACUUUCUCCGACGGAUUGGGUGAUAAUCUGUACAAGGACGACAUUACUGCAGCUCUAGCGGCAUCGGAGCUGUGUGAGACGGGAUUGCAAAGUGUAUGUGACCAACUUAUUAAUAUGUCCAGGGGACACGAGAAGAUUUCAUUGCAUGGCAAUGGUGGAGUUGGUGAAUGCCAAUUGUAUCCGUUCGCAACUGCUGCGGUUUUGGAGUACCGUAAGCGUACGUUAGAGGAGACCAAACUUGCCGCUGGUGGCUUAUUAGAUCCCAGCGGGGUUGACCACAUGGCGCUGUCACUUGAGUUGAUAGAAAGACACAAAGGCAAACAAAUUUUGGACCGACAUUUGCUUUUGCGGAGGCCGUCGCGAAAGCAUCACUAUUCCCUCAUGCAGCUGCGACUAAUGGCGCAGAUGGCAACGAAAAAGCCGGAUGACAUUACGCUUUAUAUGACACGGUUUGUAUAA